AGGGGGUGCCAGCUGGAGCUGUGGAGGGAUGAUGGGGAGGACGCGGCUGGAGAGGACCAGGAGGAGCGAGUGCUGCGGUUGUGGCUCAACAGCCUGGCCCCGGGGUCCCUGCACGUGGCCUCGCUGUUCGACCGGGAGGUGGCCACCGGCUGGCCGCUGCUGCUGGCCCUGGACGCCAUCCAGCCCGGCUGCGUCAGCUGGCACAACGCCUUCCGCCCGCCCUUCAAGGAGAAGCUCCGCAAGAUCCUGAGCGUGCAGAACUGCAACCUGGUAAUCCAGCUGUGCACCCACCGACUGGCCAUGCCGCCGCUCGUCAACAUCGGGGGGCUGGACCUGGCGCUGGGCCAGCGCCGCGCAACCCUGUCGCUGGUGUUCCAGAUGAUGCGGCACCAUACCGGCAUGAUGCUGGGGCUGGUGGCGCCACUGCAGCAGCCAAGUGGAGGACAGCAGCACCCGCAGCAGCAGCAGCAGCCAUCAUGUGCUCGCGGCGGCUGCCACUCCAGUCCAGCCCACCACUCGCAGCACCCCCACCACCCCCACCACCCGCGGCAGCAUGUGGAGGUGGAGAAGGCGGUGCUGGCGUGGGCCAACGCCAAACUCACUGAAGCGGCUGCUGCUGCCUAUUCCGCCACCUCCUCCGCAUCACCCACCGCCCCCUCCACCGCCCCCUCCUGCUUCCCUCCGCUCGCCAGCUUCUCCGACCCGCGUCUGGCUGCAGGUGCAGUGCUGCUGCGGCUGCUAGCCGCCAUCCGCCCGCGAGCCGUCAAGCCGCAGUUCGUGCUGCCCGGCAGGACCGCGGAGGAGCGGGAGAGCAACGCAAAGUACCUGCUGAGCUGCGCUCGCAAGGUGGGGUGCGUCAUCUUCCUGGUGUGGGAGGACGUGGUGGCGGCGCGACCCAACCUGCUGCUGCUGCUGCUGGCCUCCUUCAUGGCGCUGGACAGGAAGCAGCAGCAGCAGCAGGGGGCGGAGGCGGCAGGGGAUGGUGCGGGUGCCGCUACAGGAGCCGCUUCAGGUGCUCCUUCCGUCAGCGCGGCCGCUUUGGCUGCACCGCUGGCGAAGGGAGCGGGGCUGUAGGGGUUUCUUGGACUUUUCUACCCAUUGAUGUUUCUUUGCAGCUAAUGCCUGCACCCGCUCCGCCCUCGGGUUAUCCAUGCAAGCUCGCCGGCAUGCGAGAGGCUGCAGGGGCAGGCGGCAGCACGCUGGCACACACUGGCUGCGUGUGCUGUGGGUUAUAUCGCGAUGUGGGCCCCAUGCGGCGGUUGGCGCAACGAUAGGUUUCCGUUGAACGUACGGCGCCAUUGCGCUGAUUGUUCCCAGCAUGUGGUUGCUUGUUUUUAUGGUUUUGCUUUGUAGUGUCUACAAGUGCAGAUGGGAAGGGCGAAUGGAAAGGAAGCCUGAGGGCAUGAGGCGUUGAUGCGGCAACCUGUUUCUUUUUGCAUGGAACUGGGAAGGCGAGCAAGAAAGUACUCAUCAUGCUCCCUUGCAUGGGUUUUACUAGGCCGUACAGGGUUAUUGAUGACUGUGACGUGCCCUGACGCCAAGUGUAUGAAACCUUCUUCCUCUUGGGGUCGGGGCCUUAUGGACUUUUAUUUUGCCGGUCGUGCACAGACGCAAUGCCCCGCUUGCCCCGUUUGCAUGCUACCCCCACGCAUUUGCAGUACCUGUGUUGCUGAACAUCAGGCUAACCUCUUCUUUCUUGCAUAUGACCCAAGCGAGGUCUUCUGGCGUGUCAUAUGGUCUUACGGAAGGCGCCUGACUCCCUGUUGUGCUGAACAGUCAGAGCAGCUAUAGCUGUUGGGAGUUCUUAGGAUGCGGUUGAAUUGCUGCUGAGAUGAGGGGCAUGGAGGGCACGACUGUGCCCGUGCGGGCCCUGACCCCGGAGGUGGCUUCCCCCCGCUCCCGGUCAACACUCGGACGAGGCCAGGUGACGUGGAAGGGCUUGUCUUGCUGGCAGCCGGGUUCGAUGUGGGUAUGCGCGGAGAUUGGGGGGUUGGGGUUGUGCGGUGCGGUGGAGUGCGGUGAGGGGGCUUCAUCGCGGGUGUGGUGGGGGUGGUGGGGAGCACCGGCCGAUGCUGGGCUGUCAUGUCUACCGCAGUCUUGCACCUGCUCUCGCCGCUCCGAAAGGAACACCUGCGGGGCAGACGGACGUCACGGGACCGUUGUCACCUAGUCUGGACGCAGCUCAGGACUGUCAUGAACUGUGGUGGUUGACGGGGGUAGCGCUGUUGCAUUGUACGACAUGCACUGUUGAGGGUAGCUAACAGGAAGAGCAUACGGCAUAAAGACGGCGUUUAGGCAGCACGUAGCAGGUUGAAAGGGGUAAAGCUAAGAGGAGUAAUAGAUGGUGUGGUACGGCAUGUCGUAUGCCUGUGAACUACGGACCGAUACUUGGCAAAGUUUUCUUACGUUUGUCUGUUUGCGUGCCAUUGCUGUUACUUGCGAGGAGUGGUCGUCUGGACUCUGGAGCGUGAGCGAAGCGCGGCAUGAAGCGCAACAUUCAUUGCUGGGUAGGUGCUUGAUAGAGAGCCGAGCGCUGAGGGCUUUCUAUCGGAG